GGGGCCGCCAGCUUCCACUGUUGGACUGCUGCACUCGGCGCCCAGGGCGUGCGGGCGUGCGGGUGGGCUGGCGGGUGCCGAGGGUGACUCCAGACCCGGGAGGAUGAGCCGUGGUCCCCGGAGGAUUGCUUCCCCCUGGCUGACGGAUGGAGGGAAGCAGCUCCUGCAGGGUUGCCUGCGGGGCUGCUGAUCCGGAGAGCGGCGCUGGUCAGGCUAGGAGCAAGCCUGCAUCCCCCUCCAGGGACGCUCACGAGGGUGUCAAGGGAGUCAUCCUCUCUUCUUCAGCAAUUUUAGACUUGAGUCAAAGUGGUCUUCACCAUUUAGAAGAGAUCUUUAAAGUUCUCAACCUCAGACAAUUGCACCUUCAGCAAAACGCCCUCUGCACGAUUCCUGAACACUCCUUUCAGUGGCUGCGAAACCUCACCUGGCUGGACCUCCGCUCUAACAGGAUCACAGCGCUUCCUUCUGGGAUCGGCUGUCACAGUGCCUUCCGAGAGGAGAACUUAGAGGAAAAGCUGAAACAGCACAUCCAGCAAUUGCAGGAACGAAGAAGCGGAUUCCGAGGGUCAGCGCCUCUCGAGGAGAUAGGGAGGCCCACGCAGGACUUGGAAAUUCGCUGCCUUCAGAGGAACCUUUAUUCUCUCCAAAUCUAUCAUGGAGGGGAGUAACCUCAUUCUUGGACAGCCCAAACCCUACCUCUUAGGGCUUCUGAACAGCUGUGUCUCAUCGCACUGCUUCAGAUUAGAGACUCAAAAGUCUGUUUGGUGUUGGGAACAGCCCUAUGCUCACAGAUUUCAUAACCUAUAUGAAAUGAGUCAAUUCCUUGAAAGACACCAUCAGCCAAAACUCAACAGGGGAAGAAACAGACAAUCUGAAUAGACUGAUAAAUAUUAACGAAAUUGAAUCAGUAAUUAAUAAGUUUUCCAGUGGGUUCACCGGUGAAGUCUACCAAACAUUUAAGGAAGAAAUUGUAUCAACUCCCUUCCAGAGGCUAGAAGCAGGGGGAAUACUUUGUAACACGCUCUGUGAAGCCAGCAUCGGCCCCAGUACCAAAAGCAAGGGCAUUACAUGAAAGGAAAACUACAGACCAGUCUCUCUCAUGAACAAAGAUGCAAAAACCCUCAACAAAAUAUGAGCAGGUCAAAUCCAACAAUGUAUAAAAAGAAUUACGAACGACCAAGUGGAAUGUAUCCCAGACAUGCAAGGCUGGUUCAGCAUCUGAAAGUCAGUUUACAUGAUGCAUCACAUCCACAGGCUAAAGAAGAAAAAUCAUAUGAUUGUACCAGUAGAUGCAAAAAAAAAAAAAGCAUUGACAAAAUCUAACACCCAUUCAUGAUAAAAACUCUCAGCAAACUGGGAAUAGAGGGGAGCUUCCUCAGCUUGUUAAAGGACAUCCACAGAGACUCUACACUAACAUCAUACUUAAUGGUGAGAAACUAGACGCUUUCCCCCAACGUCAGUAACAAGGCAGCGGUAUCCCCUCUCACUGUUUCUCCUCAGCAUCUUUGUUCUUAGAUGGCAUGAUUGUCUGUGUAGAAAAUCCCAAAGAAUUGACCCAAAAAAUUCCUGGAACUAGUAAACAGUUAUAACAAGGUUGCAGGAUACAAGGUUAAUAUAUAAAAGUCCAUUGCUUACCAUAUACCAGCAAUGAACAAGUGGAAUUUGAAAUUAAAAAUACAAUACCAUUUAUAUUAGCACCCAGAAAACGGUGCUAGGUAUAAAUCUAACAAAAUGUACACAAAAUCUGUAUGAGGAAAACUACAAAACUCUGAUGAAGGAAACUAAAGAAGAAUAAAUAAAUGGAGAGAUGGUCCAUGUUCAUGGAUAGGAAGACUCAGUAGUGUCAAGAUGUCAGUUCUUCCCAACUUGUUCCAUAGACUCAACUUAAUCCCAGUCAAAAUCCCAGCAAGUUACUUUGUGGAUAUUGACAAACUGAUUCUAAAGUUUAUGUGGAGAGGCAAAAGACCCAGAAUAGCCAACACAAGUCAGAAGAACAAAGAGGACUGACACUACUCAACUUCAAGACUUUCUAUAUAAAGUUACAGUAAUCAGGACAGUGUGGUGUUGGUGAAAGAAGAGACGAAUAGAUCAAUGGCACAGAAGAGAGAGCCCAGAAAUGGACCCACACAAAUACAGUCAACUGAUCUUUUGACACAUGAGCAAAGGUAAUAAAAUAGAGCAAAGAGAGUGUUUUUCAACAGCUGGUGCUGGGCCACCCGGACAUCCACAUGCAGAAAAAUGAAUCUAGACACAGACCUUAUACCCUUCACAAAUAUUAACUAAAAGUGGAUCACUCUUACCAGACUGUGUACAUUGAAUAUGUACAGUUUUUGUAUAUAAAUUAUACCUCAAUAAAGCUGUAAAAAAUGGGUCACAGACCUAAAUGUAAAAUGCAAAAAUAUAAAGCUCCUAGAAGACAACAUAGGAGAAAACCUAGAUGACCUUGAGUUGGUGACGCCUUUUUACACAGAUCAUCAAGGCGUGAAAGAAAAAAUUGGUAAGUUGGACUUCAUUAAAAUUUAAAAAUUCUGUUCUGUGCAGGACACUGUCAAGAAUAAGACAGACAAAGACUUGGAGGAAAUAGUUGCGAAAGACGUAUCUGAUAAAGCACUGUUGUCCAAAAUAUGCAAAGA